AUGACUUGGGAAGAAGCACGAAAUUAUUGUGAACUGCAAGACGGAUUUCUGACUAGUAUUACAGAUGAGACAAAUUUGAAAUGGUUAGCUGAAAUAUUUCAAACACGCAAACCAUUCUGGAUAGGUCUUCACCAAACACAACCACGCGGACCAUGGGUUUGGCAUAAUUUCGAACAUGUUGGUUUUACAAAAUGGGAUAAAGGACACCCGGUCAAUACAAAAUGGCGAUCACCAACUAAUAAACAGAUAAAACGUAAACACUACCUGUUACAAAAACAAAAACAUUACAGAGGACCUAAAGCUUGUGUACUUGUAACUCCUAAUCUAUAUUGGCAAAAUCGACUUUGCAACCGAAUAAUUACAAAUGUGAAUUUCAUAUGUAUGAGGAAUCCUGAAAUAUUCUAA